AUGCUAUUACACACUUUACUUUUGCUGGCCCUCUCUGCUGCUGCGCUGGCAAGGCGGGUUGUAGUUGACUGGGAUGUCACGUAUGUGUACAUGAUGCGUGAUGGAGUCAAUUACAAGCAGUCGAUUGGCGUCAACGGUCAGUCUCCAAUCCCACCUGUGUAUGCAACUCGCGGCGACACCCUCAUCCUCAACGUGCACAAUUCGCUGAACGUAACUACGACGAUCCAUGCCCACGGCCUGUUCAUGCGCGGCAUGGCUUACAUGGACGGGCCGGGAAUGACCACCCAGUGCGGAAUCCCGCCCGGUGAGUCAUUCACGUACGAGUACCAUCUCGAGCAGGAAGGCACCUUCUGGCUCCACGGCCACGACCACGACCAAAACGCUGACGGGCUGCGCACUGCACUCGUCAUUUAUGACAAGGAGCCGCCGUACAAGUACGAUGCAGAGCAUUUGUUCACCUUCGAGGACUGGUACAAGGAGCAGUUUGCCGAACGUGCAGCACUGACCACUGACCCAACCCAGCCAUUCCCACCGCCGUCUGGCUACGGGUUUGGCCUUAUUAACGGCUACAACGGCAACACCACGAAGCCGAUCAGGUUUGAGCCAAAGAAGACUUACCGGAUCCGCCUUAUCAACAUGUCCAGCACCGUGUGGUUCAAGUUCCGGAUCCCCGGCCUCAAGCUGCGCAUUAUUGAGGUUGAUGGGAUCCUGAGUGACGAACAUCCAGUUGAUGGUGUGCAGCUGGCACCUGCCAUGCGCUACUCGGUUCUGGUCACUGCACAUGACUCGGACGAGUACAACUACUACUUCAAGAUCAAGAUGUAUGCAGACUUCCUUGAGCCAUCGCCGGGUGAGACCCCACGCUUUUACUCUGGCCUGAUCGAAUAUAAGCAGGAGUCGCCCGUCAAGGAGUUCCCCGACGUCAAUGAUAGCACACUGACGUGGGUUGAAGAUAUAAAGCUGACAGCACUUGACAAACGGCCACCACUGCCAGUCGACCGCUCGCUGCGUCUGACGGUCGGCAACAACCUCAUGUCCACAGGUCAGCACAUGGACCACAUCAACAAUAUCACAUACUACGCGCCGCUGGUCCCCUCCCUGUUUACUGCAAUGACCACUGGCGACUUGGCAAUGAACCCCGAGGUCUACAAUAACCGGACACAUCCGGUCGUGCUAAAGCACAACGAGGUCAUUGAACUUGAGGUGCACAACCCGAAUCGUAUUCCUCACCCUAUGCAUCUGCACGGCCAUGCGUUCCAGGUCACCGAGUAUGGCCCGUCGCUGGCGACGUUCCAGCCAGGCAGUACAUUUUCUCCGCUUGUGCAGUCGCUUGUUGCUCCGAUCCAGCGUGAUGUCAUGGAGAUCCCACCAAACUCGUAUAUCAAGGUCAGGUUCCGCGCCGACAAUCCGGGUGUCUGGCUGUACCACUGCCAUGUCAAUAUUCACGGCAGCCCCGAGAGUCUGCGAAUGCUCAUGACAUUUGUUGAAGCACCAGAUGUUCUGCAGAAGACGCAGACGCUUCCCAAGAGACUUAUUAGGCACUGUGAGAUGAGCGGAAUUAAGGCAUCUGGAAAUGCUGCUGGCAAUGCUGGGCUUGAUAUGACAGGGCUGCCUCCUAUUCCAUAUAUGGUGGCCAGAAAUCCUUAA